CCGAUACUUGAUGAAUGCAGCACAAACACCAACAUUCCCAGUGCCACAGCGGAGCCCAGAGAGUUGGAAUGAGAUUCAGCGAAACGCACGACUGCGUUGUACCUGGGUAAAGGACCCGAGGACGCUGACAACAGCUAAUAAAGUCAACGGCCUGGCAAGGAGAGAAAAGACUACAGUCUCUGUUAACUGGAGAAAAGAAAAGAAUACAAUUUAAAGUGAGUUUAUAAGAACAACCGAGACGAAUUAAUAAGUGGACACGCGACGUAAGUGGUACCGUGGCAGAUGUGAGAUGACAGCAAUAAAGGAGGAUUAAACUGCUGGGAUGUUUAGAAAACGAUGAAAAAGACAUCCACACAAUAAGGACCGACUUCAGAGCAAAAAAAAAGAAUGCCUUGAUUUCUCACCGUGGGAGAGCGGGGGCACUCAUGUUUCUGUGGAAGAGAAAGAAAGUUUGCUGCGCUCCACUAUAACUCUACUUUCUUUGAGGUAUUGUUGCUGUGACUGUUUCUUAUUUCAGUUGCAGGGCCCACCUGUUCUGGUGCUGGCUCGUAACUGUUCACAAUGUCCAAACCUGUGCUGAAGAAGAACCACUGGGCCGCCAGAGUGAACGAGUGCUCCGUCUCUAAAGAUGCCCGUGGAGAGUUGAAUGUGCCAUUGCGCGGCGGCGCGGAGAACGGAGAGUUCGCCUACAUCGGGCCGGUCAACGACGAUGUCGUGCUUUACAAAAGUGGAACAUUAAACGAAGGGGAGCUUCUUCUGGAGGUGGAGAACCUCUCGAUUUCGGGAUUACCCUUGUACGACGUGCAGACAGUCAUAAAGAACUGCAAAGGUCCCGUCAGGUUGAAAACUGUCAGGCAAGGAAGCAAGCUGAACAAGGACCUGAGGAGCUACCUGAGCCAGCGCUUCCAGAAGUCUUCGCCUGACCACGAGCUGCAGCAGACCAUCCGGGACAACCUCUACCGCCAUGCUGUGCCUUGUACCACCCGAGCCCCACGUGAAGGAGAGGUUUCUGGCGUAGACUACAACUUCCUGUCAGUGGAAGACUUCCUGAAAUUGGAUAAGAGUGGAACUCUGUUGGAAAUAGGAACAUAUGACGGUAACUAUUAUGGGACACCAAAGCCACCGGUGCAGCCCCCCAGUGGGAAAGUGAUUAGCCGUAGCGGUGAUGCCCCACUGCCAGACAGGCUCAGCAGUAGCCUGCCGGGCUGGCAGAACACCACACCCCAACGCUCUAAGUCCUACAAUGACAUGUACAAUGCUGAAAUAGUGCCUGGAGAGCAGCAGCAGGAGGACGACGAGGACCUCCCUGACAUGAACAGUAGCUUUACAGGAGACUCUAGCGAAUUAGACGAGAUUCAACACUCAGUGCGCCCCUUCGCCCCCCGCCAGAGUGACCCGUCCUACACUCAGACAACCCCCUCACCACCGGCCACCACGGACAGCACACAGCAGACACACUCUCACUUGAGCCAUCCUCCCCCAGAGGAUCCACUGGGACCUCUGCCUGACAAUUGGGAGAUGGCCUACACCGAGAACGGAGAGGUCUACUUUAUAGACCACAAUACAAAGACCACUUCUUGGAUAGACCCUCGGUGCCUGGACAAGCCUCAGAAACCCCUGGAAGAAUAUGAAGACGAUGAAGGGGUACAUACAGAGGAGCCAGACAAUGACCUAGAACUUCCACCGGGAUGGGAGAAAAUAGAUGAUCCUGUCUACGGGGUCUACUAUGUUGAUCAUAUCAACAGGAAGACCCAGUAUGAGAACCCAGUGCUGGAGGCUAAGAGGCGCAGGCAGCUGGAACAGCAGCAGCCUCAGCAGCCUCAGCCCCAACGCCAGCAGCCACCUGAAGAAUGGAUUGAGGACUCGACGUUGGCAGGGGCCCCCUUGGCUAGCUAUGCUGCCAACCACCAGGAGACCUACAGGGACCCUCAGACAGGACCCACCGUGCCCAACGCGAUGGGACAAAAACGAGGGAAGCCUUUCUUUACUCGGAACCGAUCUGAGUUGAAGGGGAAUUUCAUCAAUACCAAGCUGAAAAAGAGUCGUCGAGGGUUCGGUUUCACUGUUGUUGGAGGCGACGAGCCAGAUGAGUUCCUGCAGAUAAAGAGCCUGGUCCUGGAUGGACCGGCAGCCCUCGAUGGCAAGAUGGAAACAGGUGAUGUAAUUGUGAGUGUUAACGAUACAUGUGUGCUUGGCUACACACAUGCCCAAGUUGUGAAGAUCUUCCAGUCAAUCCCAAUUGGCUCCAUGGUCAACUUGGAGCUCUGUCGUGGCUACCCAUUGCCUUUUGACCCCGAUGACCCCAACACCAGCCUGGUUACCUCAGUGGCCAUUCUCGACAACAAAGACCCCAUCAUCGUCAAUGGCCAGGAGGCCCCCAACAAUUACGACUCGCCAUCCAGCCAUGGCAGUCAGAACAAUAACAACGGCUCAACCAAUGGCGGGGCACCCCUCAAUGGUCUCCCCCGACCCCACAGCCCCUCUGCUGAAGUGGUCUCCAAUACCUCUUCCCAGCAUGGUUACCCCAGCGAUGUGGUCACUCUGGCCUCAUCCAUCGCCACACAACCGGAACUAAUCACCGUACACAUGGAGAAAGGAGACAAGGGUUUUGGCUUCACCAUUGCUGACAGUCCUGGAGGUGGAGGGCAGAGAGUGAAGCAAAUCGUGGACUACCCUCGCUGUCGCGGCCUCAAGGAGGGGGACAUCAUCGUGGAAGUGAACAAGAGAAACGUGCAGAGCAUGUCACACAACCAGGUGGUCGACCUGCUCAGCAAGUGUCCCAAAGGCAGCGAGGUCACCAUGCUGGUGCAGAGAGGGGUGGCACCCGCUAAGAAGAGCCCAAAACUGGAUUUAGAGCUGGCUCCUCCGUAUAGAGAUUACACUAGGAUGCAGUUGGCCAGGAAGGACAGUCAGAACAGUUCCCAGCAAAGCAUUUCCAGCCACCGAAGCGCCCACACAGACUCACCAGUUCACUCAUCCCUGGCACCCCCGCACAGUGAGAGUGCUGCUCCCCCACCCCCCUCUCAGCCCCUGCCAGGCCUGCCGUCCCAGGACUCUCCGGCAGACGGGACCAUUCAGAGAAAACCAGACCCCUUUAAGAUCUGGGCGCAAUCCAGGAGCAUGUAUGAAAGUAGGCUUCCAGACUUCCAGGAGCAGGACAUAUUCCUAUGGAGGAAGGACACAGGGUUUGGAUUCAGGAUCCUUGGAGGCAAUGAGCCCGGAGAGCCGAUCUACAUCGGCCACAUAGUGAAGUACGGUGCUGCAGACGAGGACGGACGCCUGCGGUCUGGUGAUGAACUGAUAUGCGUGGACGGGACAGCGGUGGUGGGCAAGUCACACCAACUGGUGGUGCAACUGAUGCAGCAGGCAGCCAAGCAAGGCCAUGUCAACCUCACUGUGCGACGCAAAACUAGUUAUGCCGUUAAAGCAGAGGGAGAAGUUCCUCCAUCGCCAGCAUCCUCUCACCACAGCAGCACACAGGCGCCCAGCCUGACGGAGGAGAUAGGGAAGCGCACCCCACAGGGCAGCCAGAACUCCCUCAACACCGUCAGCUCUGGCAGCGGCUCCACCUCCGGCAUCGGCAGUGGGGGAGGAGGCGGAGGGGCGGGGGGAAAUGGUAAUGCCGUGGUACCUGCCACAGCAGCUGCCACCAUGUCUUCUCAGCCCCCAAACGCCACCUCCUCCUCCGCCUUGCAGCCCUAUGACGUAGAGAUCCACCGAGGCGAGAACGAAGGAUUUGGGUUUGUCAUCGUCUCGUCUGUGUCACGACCUGAAGCUGGCACCACCUUUGCUGGCAAUGCAUGUGUGGCAAUGCCCCACAAAAUAGGGCGCAUCAUUGAGGGGAGCCCAGCAGACCGCUGUGGGAAGCUGAAAGUUGGCGACCGCAUCCUGGCAGUUAACGGCUGCUCCAUCACCAAUAAGUCCCAUUCUGACAUUGUCAACCUCAUCAAGGAGGCCGGGAACACCGUCUCACUACGCAUCAUUCCUGGAGACGAGUCAUCAAAUGCAUCUUUGUUGACCAAUGCAGAGAAGAUAGCCACUAUAACCACCACUCACACUGCACAGCAGCAGGCUGCACCUGAGGCCAGGAACAACACCAAACCAAAACAGGAAUCGUUCGACUUUAAAACACCACAAGCCUCUCCUCCCCAGCCCCCAACACAAGUCUCAACUCAGGAUGAGGAGUUCUAUUUAGUGGACCUGGAGCGAGACAGCAAAGGCUUUGGCUUCAGCUUGCGAGGAGGCAGGGAAUACAACAUGGACCUGUACGUGCUGAGGCUAGCUGAGGAUGGAGCAGCUGUACGAAACGGAAAAAUGAGGGUUGGCGAUGAAAUCUUGGAGAUCAACGGCGAGAGCACCAAGGGCAUGACGCACGCGCGAGCAAUCGAGCUCAUCAAGAAUGGAGGCAGACGCGUCCAUCUGGUGCUCAAGAGAGGUGACGGCUCGGUGCCUGAAUAUGACGGCAGCCUCAACGACAUCAGUGCAGUCAACCCAGCCUCAGGGCUACAAAACGCUGCGGAAGUGAGCAACCUGCCCUCAGCCAAUGCACGCCUGGAGUCAAGCUACCCACCAGAACCUCACCAACCAUCCCGGAGCAAGAAAGAGCCGACCCACAACUCUACUGGCACCGGCAAGCACCACCAUUCCAACCACCACCACCGCUCCCCCCACAAGAAACACAGGGGGAGAAGGUCCAAGGGAAGUGAUGGCCAUCAGCAUCAUUACAGCGGGCACCACCGUAGCCGUCAUCGUUCACCUGAUAAGAGGCCCAGCCGGUCGCAUAGUGCAGAAAACAUCCUGGAUGGCCGUCACAGAGGACACCGCCACGGCCGCUCGCCCAACAGACGCCACGGUCACCACUCCUCUCACCAUCAGCACCGCUCACCCUACCGCUCUCCUUACCGCCACAGGUCCCCCUACCGCUCUCGGCACCACUCCCCCAGACGUCGCACCCACUCCUCAGACCCCUACCGCCGACAUUCCUCCCCAGAGAGACGGAGCCACAGCUAUAAUGACCACAAUGGGGACGAGGCCGUAUUGAAGGAGAAACCCAAGACUCCUGAACCCAGCCUCACUUUUGAUGACAGCAUAGUCCGCGAGCCUCCAGCCUGGGACCGUCUGAACAGGGAGGCCACACUUCUGCCACUGCGCACAGAGGAGCGCCGUUAUGGGGACAACAGCCUGUUGCUGAGAGCCUCCUCCAUUGAUAGAUUGUACAGGGGGGACAACCUGCUGAGGGAUGUGGCAUACCGGGGCCAGAGGGAUGCCUACAGAGAAACCAGCCUGCCCAGAGUGCACACUCCUGACUCAGAUUCAGCUUUCAAGAGGUACAACUCACUGCUGAGGGGGCGCUCACUUGAGAGGAUGGAGAGGGAAGGGCCCUACACCAGCCGAGAGAGUACCCCUGAGCCGCGGUUCCGAACUCGCAGCCUAGGACGAGACAUCUCCCCGAUCAGGAGCUCCAGAGGGGACGAAUCGGAGGAUGAGGAGGAUGAUGACAAUUUUGUUGCAGGAAAAGUUAGAGAGUAUUACAACAACCUCAAGACCGAUGCUAGUCGCUCAUCCAAGCUCAUGAUUCCUGAGCCCAAGAAAACCUACAAGGAUAACCCCAAAGACCUGAGCAUCUGAUUGGAUGGCUGUCAUCCACUUACAACAACUACCCACAAAACACCUACAAAUACUCACUCCCAUCACCACUUGGUUCUACAGAAAUGAACCCAGUUGUAUACACACAUAUAUGCCAGAGAACACACACACUAACAUGCACACAUCAUGUAUCAAUGUUGAGUUACUAACAGGACAGUGGUUACAGGAUAACUUUCGAAAGAUGUUUUUUUUUUCUUUUUUAUUGUACGUUUUCUUUUCCAUUUUUUCUUGGUUUUGUUUAAUCAUUCUGCAUUUACAGUAACUUGGACUUUUCCAGAAAAUGUAAAACCAUAAAAAACAAAGAUGUGCCUAACAGUUCCAUUAACAAGCAACAUUUUGUUUUUGAUUUGAUAUGUGGCGGUCGUUUUGUGCCGCACUGUCAGAUGAUGAAAUAUAUGUACUUUUCCACAAGGACCCUAUGGAAGUACUGCGCACCUGGAUCAUCGUAACCGGUGCUCAUAACAAUGCUGUGCAUGUCUUUACCGGUUUCAGUGUCCUCUCUCUCUCUCUCUCUCUCUCUCUCUUUCUCACUCUCUCUCUCUCUCUCUCUCUCCCCCCAGUGCCACUGUUUUUUAGACAUUUGACCAGACUAUAGCACAAGCCUGCAUUUGUUUGUAUAUUUUUGACAGUUUGCAGUAUGUGUACAUUUCAGAGGUGAUCAUUUUCAAUGAAUGAAGGGAAAAAUAAAGGUUAAGAUAUGAUGAUGUUAAAAUAAAAUA